GCGCCAGUCACCUAGCUGUAGGAAGUCCGCUGUGCGAGGUUUCUGCGUCAUUUUCAGGCGCGCGUACCGCCUUUAUUUAUUUAUUUAUUUAUUCAUUUAUCGUUUAUCGAACUUGAGUCGAGCGUUAUUCUGCAAACGGAUUUUAAACGAAUGUUAUAAUGGCAGUUGAUUUGAGAGAAAUUCCUUUCUUCCACCUUACGUUUCCUUCAGCAACAUGGCUUUGGUAUCAGCUGAUUCCAGAAUUGCUGAACUCUUAGGAGAACUGCACCAGCUUAUCAAACAGACCCAGGAGGAACGAUCAAGAAGUGAACAUAAUCUUGUGAAUAUCCAGAAAACACAUGAACGGAUGCAGACAGAGAACAAGAUCUCUCCAUAUUAUCGGACGAAAUUACGUGGCCUCUAUACAACAGCUAAGGCUGAUGCAGAAGCUGAAUGCAACAUCCUCCGCAAGGACUUGGACAAGAUUGCUGAGAUAAAGUCUCUUUUGGAAGAACGGCGAAUUGCUGCCAAGAUUGCUGGUCUCUACAAUGACUCUGAGCCGCCACGUAAAACCAUGCGCCGUGGAGUGCUGAUGACACUUCUCCAGCAGAGCGCCAUGACUCUUCCAUUGUGGAUUGGGAAGCCUGGAGAAAAGCCACCUCCCCUUUGCGGUGCCAUCCCUGCCUCUAGUGAUUAUGUGGCCAAACCAGGAGAUAAAGUGGCAGCUCGUGUCAAGGCUGUUGAUGGGGAUGAACAGUGGAUCUUGGCUGAAGCUGUGAGCUACAAUCAUGCCACCAACAAAUACGAGGUGGAUGACAUUGAUGAAGAAGGAAAAGAGCGUCAUACCUUGAGCCGGCGUCGCAUCAUCCCUCUGCCUCAGUGGAAGGCCAAUCCUGAAACAGACCCAGAGGCCUUGUUCCAGAAGGACCAGUUAGUCCUUGCCUUGUACCCACAAACCACCUGCUUCUAUCGAGCCCUUAUCCACGCUCCACCUCAGCGGCCCCAAGAUGACUACUCGGUCCUCUUUGAAGAUACCAGCUAUGCAGAUGGCUACUCUCCCCCUCUCAAUGUAGCUCAGCGCUAUGUUGUGGCUUGCAAAGAAACAAAGAAGAAGUGACAUUGCCCUGCACCAAGAGCUUGGUGAGGAACAAGGUCUAUUCCAGUGAACUUCUGCAGAGGGACAGUGAAUGAAGCAGGAAGCAACAGAAGCCCAUCAAGAGCAGGAGUUUAUGAAUCUAAGAAGUUUGCCUUCCAAUACAACACAGUCAGCUUUGUGAAAAAUAAUUACAUGAUUACUUCCAAAAAUUAAUUACCACGGCAGGAAUAAAUAGUUGCUUUCAAAGCAGCUACAAUUCUUUGAGUAAAGAAAAGACAAUUGUUUGCUAUUUGUCAGUUUUGUUAUUUAGAUUUUUAAAUUUUUCCGUCUUGCAGCUGUUUUAUUUUAUUUAGGCUGUCCUUUUGACAUGCCUCAGAUUAAUGAAGUAUUACUUUAGAUUCUUUUCCAGUUAUUUUUUUCCCCUGUAUUAAGAAGAUUGCAAAAGAUCAUGCCUUGGAGAAAAGAUUUGGAAUUAAACCCCGCAAUUGAAACACAAGGACUUGACCUGAAUUUCUAAAGGAAAGUAGGAGGGGAUUGGGGAAUUUAUUUUUAUUAUGGUGUUAAAAGGAUGACUGGUCAGCUAUGGAAAGUAGUUUUAUUGUUUCUAUUGCACAUUUUCCAAUUUCAUUCAUUUCACCAUUUGCAAAAAAAAAAAAAUUAAAUCAAAGGGGUAUAGCUAUUCUGAUGUGACUAGAAUUUCAAUAGAAUCUUUUUCAAAAAUUGGAACAUUUUCAAAACUAGGGGUGAUGACAUGGAACUAGUCUCAAAACAACAGAUUGCAUAAUUUUAUUUUAUUUAUUGCAUAAUUGUAACAUUUAAACCACACAAGAGUAAAAAUAUAAAAAGCAAAGUAGAAAAGAAGUAACUAAUAAAAAACAUGCUAUGAAGAAAAAAAUUCAUAAUGCAUUCAAUAAUAAUUGCCUUCAAUAGAAAUUAUACAAUCAACAGUUUUAAGAAGUAUGUUAAAGCAGAGCAUAUCUAUAUAAUAUUUUUUUAAAAAAAUUAUUGGUAAGUGCAAAACACCCGAUAAUGGCAGCUCUCAAUCUCUAGAAUUUUCAACGGGAAGAAUUAUGGAGCUAGAAAUUGUAUUUCCAGAAAGGGGACAUUGUAAACAUUUGAUUUAUUUCUUCGUUCCCUACAGUUUAGAAAAACCCUUAAGCGGCGUAACAUCAUUCUUCAUCUAAUGAGACUCACUUUGCAUCCUAAAAAUGUUCUCUUACUGCUUCAGAUAAUACUACCUAACAGACCAGAUUUUUUUUCUUAGACUUCAAAGUAUCGUGAUCAAGAGUUCUUAGAAUUUUAAAAACUUGUACCUGUGUAUAAAACUUUUUGGCCAAAUAAAAAUUGUCCCAACGGUGCUUUUUUAAA